GAAGAAGAAGACAGAACGCGGAAAAGGUGGUUGAAGGAAAUAGCAGCCAUUUUCGUAAAGUCUAAAUCUGCAGGGGUAAUGCUGUGGUUUUAAUAGGUCAUCUUUUAUUCCGGUUUUAGCGGACCUUUUAUGUGCUUGUUUGAGUCGUGAAGUCGUCCGGCCCUGUGUAAUUUCCAAUUUUUGUAAUCGUUUUAAUAAGUGGGCGUUCCGUAUACAAGGUCACAAAUCAACUAGACUUGCGCAGCAUUUCAUUCACAUGUAAAAAUCAAGUUUCAUAGUCUAGCAGUAAGGCGGUUCUGCCCAGGUCUGACUGCACACUGAGCGUCGCCUUUCAUCCCGUAUCUAACAUAAAGAGCUGUAACGCAAACAAGACAAACAGUGCUACCCAGCGAUGCCAAGACAUUGCUCAGCAGGCGGCUGCAAAUCUCGGGAUAACCGUGAGACCCGUAACGCAGGGAUCACCUUCCACAAAUUGCCAAGAAGAGCAAUUCGUAGGAAGCUUUGGAUUACCAACUCCCACCGGACAGACUCCUGGGAUCCUCAGACUGACUUUGUCUACUUUUGUUCAAGGCACUUCACCCCUGAUAGCUUUGAGUUGACUGGGUGCAGUGGGAUCAGAAGAUUAAAGGAAGAUGCAUUUCCUUCAGUAUUUGAGUCAUCUUCAACAACUAAAACAAAAAGAGCAGGAAUACAGCAGGAUAAUGGAGAACCCACAGUUCAGAGGUCAGUGGCAGAAAAGGAGAGUCAUGAAAACAUACCUGUGUUUUCUCAAGAGCUGUUAGGUGUUACACAGCUCCCCCAACAAGAACUUUCUCCUUCGCCACCUCCAGAGUCUCACCCCACUUCCCCAUCAAGGUAUAUGAGGCGCCUGCCCCCUCCUCCGGGAUUCUACCUUUCGAAGGAGCACAGCUACGCUCAGCUCUGCCCCCUACUGUGGAGAAGACGUUAUAACCAAGCUAUUGACUGCUUGGAGAAGGCUGUAAGACAGCUACAUGCAUCCAGGCGUAGGGAGAACCGGCUGCGGAGUACUCUUACAAGGCUACGUAAAAAACAACUAAAGCACACAUUGCUUGUUUCAGGAGACAGCUGCAAUAACAGAAGUAGCUGGACCCCAGGAGGACACAAGAGAAGAGGUAGAAAAAUGUCUAACCGGGAGGAUAAUGAGACUGAUUUUAAAUUUGAGGACACAACGUUGUUUGAGGACAGAUGUAUGGAGCAGAUGAAACAAUGGGAUUUUCUUCCAGACGGUAAGACCUGGUCUGAGGAGGAGGAGGAGAGAUAUUGCUUUUACUGUGGAAGGGGACAGGAGCAGGGUCUGAUAGCACCCACACUUUUAAAAAAUAAGAAAACCAUCCAUCCCACACACUAUGAUGUUGCACAGAAAGCUCUCUGUGUAAAAGACAUUACUUGUGACAUGACUGAUAAUACAAGUAAGAUAUGUAGGCUUGGGAAACAUUUAGAAAUCAGUGAUUUACAAUCGUCCCAAAUUGUGCGUCACACUCCAAGCGCUCAAUGUGUGACCUCUGGUAGGUUGUGCUUGACUGAUCCUCAUAACCAGAAGCUACUGCUCUCUGAUGCAUGUGGAGGAGAGUGUGAUGCAAUUGGUCAGGAAUAUCAGCUGGACCUACAGCAUGAGUUUUGGAUUCAUAGCAUGGCUGAGGGACAUGUCAUUCUAGUGCCAGUUCCUCACGAGGAAGAACUAAAGAACUUUGUAAAGAUGGAGGAUGACACUGUCAAAAUACGAACCAUAUUGGUUUCAGAGGUGAAACCUAAAGGGGAACUAGAACACAAUCCUGAGAACAGUGUAGGUCUAAGCGGACCUAAAGCAGCCUGUGGUGUAGAACAUUGUGAUAUCACAAGUGUGUCAGCAGAAAGGAGAGAGAAUGUGAUGGACAAACUUAAAGAACAUCUGGAGGGAUUUCAACUUCAACUGAGCACUGAGUUCUGAAUUAACAGAAUGUGGUAAAUGAAUUACAACAUUCAUAUGUACUUACCUUCUAAUGGAAUGUAAUAAAACUAUGUAAUAACAAUCAUGCUUGUUUGAUACACUAACACUAAAUGGGUUUUUCAGAAAAGCAUUUUUAAAAAUGAAAGUUAUUCGGGAAAUUGUUUUAAAAAUGUUUAUCUCCAAUUUCUGCUUGUUUAAUGAUAUGUGAUUUGCAUGUAAAUCAUGUCAUGUACAUAUUAUUGUUUAUGUAAAUUCCCUUUCUGUAGGCUAACGUUAUAAUAGGUUAUAAUAACGUAUUGUUUGUUGCUUCCCAAUCCGUUCUGUUAUUUAAACAUAUUUAUAAAGAAUCACGACUAAAGUGGUUUACAGUACAUUUUAAAGGUAUAAAAAAACAAUUCAAUUUUAUUUACAUAGCGCCAAAUCACAACAAUGCCUCAUAGGGAUAGCCAGAGAGAGAAAAGCACAGCAACAACAAACAAGCAACAGCAGGGCACAGGCAGGAUGGGUCGAUCUGUAGCUGCCCAUCACUUACACAGCUCUGAGUUCAAUGAUACCUGUAGGUGAGGACAGAGUGGGUGAAAGGGAGGGGGGAGAAGCACCACUACUGAAAAGAAAGAGACAAGGUUAGAUAAAGGUGGAACAAUGAUAGAAGGUUAUUGGAUAGAAGAGAAAGAAGGAAACAGUGGAGCUUAGUGUAUGAGUCACCCAGCUAUUGUCUAUUGCAGCUUAAAUAAGAGAUGGUUCCUGUGACUAACAAUCAUUGCCAGUUACCUGAACCAUCUCUAACUAUAAGCUUUAUCAAAAAGGAAAGUUUUAAGCCUGAUCUUAAAGGUGGAGAUCGUGUCAGCUUCUCAAACCUGAACAGGGAGCUGGUUCCACAGGAGUGAGCUUGGUAGCUAAAGGCUCUGCCCCCUGUUCUAUAUUUAAAGACUCUAGGAACCACAAGUAGCCCAGCGCUUUGAGAACGAAGUGUUCUGCUGGGAGCAUAAGGAACUACAUUAUGAGGUACAGUAGUCCAGCCUAGAGGUAACAAAUGCAUGGAUCAGUUUCUCUGCAUCGCUCUGAGAGAGGAUGGUUCUAAUUCUAGCUGUAAUUUUAAGAUGAAGGUAGGCAAUUCUGGAGAUUUGUUUAAUAUACGAUGUAAAAGAGAGAUCCUGGUCAAAGAUGACACCAAGGUUUCUUACAGUAGAAUGUGAAGCCAAUGUUAUGUCAUCCAAAGUAACUAUUUGACUUAACAGUGUCUCUGUGACUUUUAGGGCAAAUAUUAAGAACCUCGGUUUGAUCUGAAUUUAGUUAAAGGACAGUUUGGGACAUCCAGGAUUUGAUGUCUUUUAAACAACUUUGAAUUUUGACUAGUUGAUCGGUUUCAUUUGGUUCCAAAGACAUAUAUAGCUGAGUGUCAUCUGCAUAACAAUGAAAAUUAAUAGAAUGCUUCCUAAUGAUAUCAUCUAGAGGAGACAUGUACAGGCUGAACAGAAUUGGACCAAGCACAGAACACUUCCGGUAGUCACUUCUGGUUUCUAUUCUGUCAUGCCUUUUGCCUGCUUUGUCUUGAGUCACGUGAUCACACAGCUGUUUUCAAUCCGGUCAUUAGAUCUGUACAUAACCACCAGCACUUACCUUUGUUUUCUGCCAGAUCGUUAGACUUUGUUGACCUUGUUCCGUUCCAGCAUUUCGUAUACUUGCCUGUAGAUCACCGUCUCUACCUUUUUAGUCUUGUUGUCUUUGGAUAAUCCCUGUCGGUACCGUUGCCUGAGUUUAUAUUAUGCUUUGAUCUACUGCCUGUUUGACCAUCCGCCUACCUGUCGUUAAUGUACAUUCGUCGAUCUGCUUUCCUGGUUCUGACCUCUGCCUGUACUUGACUUGUGAGAACAUUAAACUGCCACUAUCUAAGCCUGUGAGUCUCCCGAAGCUGUGCAUGUGGGUCCGCCACCUUCGUUCACACACUGCCCGUGACACUGUAAUAGAAUUUUGUGAUCAAUUGUAUCAAAUGCAGCACUAAGAUCUAAAUGGACAAGGACAGAGACCAGACCAUUGUCUGAAACUAAGAGAAGGUCAUUAAUGACUCUAACCAGAGCUGUUUCUGUGCUAUGAUGUUUUCUAAAUCCUGACUGAAAAUCUUCAUACAGGUUAUUCCUACUCGGGUGGUCAAAUAAUUGUUUAGCUACGAUUUUUUCAAGAAUCGUAGAGAUAAAUGGUAAAUUUGAAAUUGGCCUAUAGUUGACUAGUUCUCCAGGGUCCAGAGUAGGUUUCUUCAAUAAAGGUUUGACCACAGCCACCUUAAAAGCCUGUAGUACAUAGCCUAUUAGUAAAGAUUGGUUGAUUUGAUUUAAUAUGGACGAGCCGAUUAAACGUAAAACUUCUUAAAGUAAUCUGGUUGGAAUUGGGUCUAAAAGACAAGUGGACGAUUUGGAAUAGUUGAUUAUUGAGAUUAACUCCAUAUGAGUUAUGGGGAAGAAGCUGCCUAGGUAAGGCCGGGGAGUUGGUAAAUUUAAAGUUGAUAGAUUUAGAGGGUGAUUUUUGUAAUUUAGAGGAAGUUGCUGCUGAAUGUUUUCUCUAAUGGUGAUAAUUUUAUUAGUAAAGUAGCUGCUGAGAUUUAAGGGAGUAGUAGGCUCAACACAGCUAUGACUCUUAGUCAGUGCUGAAAAGAUACCUGGAGUUGUUUUUGUUUCCCUCAAUUAAGGAGGAAUAAUGUGUUUUUCUAGCAGCACAAAGUGUUUUUUAUAUAUUAUUAGACUGUCCUUCCAUGCAAUGCAGUUCACAUUUAUUUUGUUGGAAUGCCACUGCCUUUCUAGUUGUCGGGUCCUGUGCUUUAGGCUGUGGAUCUCUGAGUUAUACCCUGGAGCUAACCUCCUUUGAUUCGCUGCCUUCUUCUUCAGAGGAGCCAUUGUGUCUAACAUUGAAUGCAGACAAGCUGCAGCAUCAUCUACAAGACAAUCAACAUCUUCAUAAGGAUUAAGGUGACUGUUCUCCUCUGUGUAGCUACAUGAAAAUGAGGCAAAAGAUGAUGGAAUCAUCUGCUUGAAUCUGGCAACAGCAUUGUCUGAUAAACAUCUUCUAUAGCAAAAUUUCUUUCCAACUGCAAGGCCCAUUAUGGUAGGAAAAAGCUGAAAGAAAACAAACUAGAAAAAAGUAACAAGUAAAAGGAAUAAAACAAUAAAAAGAGAUACCAAAACAAGGGAAGCAAUUUGUGCAAAACCGUGAUGUUUGGGGCCAAAAGGGGAAGUCAGCCUCACCUCUGCACUUAAUUUUCAUCUCACUGAUCACAAGAGGAAACUGACCAAAUGAGGGGGGCUAAGGGAUUGAGUAGGAACAGAAGCACGAAAAGGUUAGAAAGGAGAAACAAGACUGUUAGGAACCCUAAAAACCAACAAGAAACGGAUGUCUGAUUCACUUUUGCAUUCAGGCCGUUUCAGUUAUAAAAGGUUCACAAAAACUUUAUAAAUUAUGUUUUUCUCCGAUUUACAGUGAAUGCAUACAGUGAAUGCUUCCAGCAUUUAUUUAUUUACAUCAGACCUGUAGCUUUCAAAGUGUUGCAACGUUCAGCUUUUUUUUGUUGCCACUAUGUUGAAUAUGUUAUUACUAUUAAGCAUUUACGUAAAUUACUUUCUAAUCCAGAAAAGGCUCUUAACCUUCGCCCUUAUAUAUUAUACUAUAUUAUAUACUUAUAUAGAUAUAUCCAGGUGUUAAAAUUAAAUUAAAUUAAUUAAAUUAAAUUACAAUAAAUUGUGAACAAUUGUGGCACCCUAACAGAAACUAAAAACGAGUGAUCCUUUCAAUGAUUGACAUUGUAGUUUUCAUGUUUUUCAAAGUCCACUUUUGUAAACUGCAACUUGUGUUAAUUGCAUUUCCACAUUGUUUCAUGAGAAUAUGGUGUGUUUGAUCUUGCCAAUGUUAUAUUUUCCAAUGCCUGAUCAGUUUUGUUUUUUUCUUAGAUAAAGCAAAUCAGCUAUUCUUUUUUUGUAUUCACCACUUUUAGCUAUUCUUUAAAAUGCUUAAGUUUUUCUUGAGGAACAAACUUAAUAUUUCAAUAUUCAGCAUUAUAUGCAAAUCGGAGCGCAAUGCAUUAUGGGUAAUGCACCCUAACAGAAACUGGUGUGAGAAGGAGUGAUUGCAAUGAUUGGUGAAUGACUUUUGCAUUAGACUCUUCAUGUUUGCAUCUUUAAAUUUGUUGUAAAAAGCAGCGUUUUAUUCAAUGAAAAUAUUUUAAGAAUCUUCAUAUCAUUAGAAACUUAGAUAGCUCUUUAGCUUCGUCAUCUCACUUAUAGAUACAAUGAUUGACACAUGAUUUUGUACUUUUUGUACAACAUUGACAUUUGACUUAGGUUUACACCUAUGUGACUGUUGCAACAUUCAAGUCUUUGUUAAAAAAAAAAAAUAAAAGACUGUCCCUUUGACACUCCCACAGCAAAGUGCAAACCCCAUUUAUAUUUUACACAUCCAAUGUAUCACUGCGCCCUGAAGGUCACUCAUACGCACACUCUCUUUUCUCAGGGUGCAGCACAUAAAACAAUAACAACACAUUACAAACACACAUGAACAAAAGGCCUAAUUAAUUUUACUAAAUUUAUAACAUUACUUAAAUCCUAACUUUAACUAUAACAGCGUAAACACAAGAACGAUUACUUUACCCAUAAGGCUUAGCGACUCGGCAGGAAUAUGUCAGACUAAGGCAGAGAUCGGACCCACAUGCACAGUGAAAGGACACGAAGUAGAUGGUCAAAAAUCCAAGUUUAAUCCAACAAUCAUAGUACAAAACGGUCCAGGUCAUACACAGUCUCAGGAUUUCGGUACAGGGGAGCAGGCUGGAUUAGGUUCAAAAACAGGCAAUGGUUCGAUAACAGAAUCAAUCAGGCUACAGUACCGUCUGGGAGUAGGCAGGAGUCGGUGGUCAGGGACACGAAACAGGAUCAAUACAAGGUAGGCUAGACAAAGAAACUGCUGAAACGCGAUGGAUGACAUACGACGAUCUGGCGACUGGCUAUGGUAAAUGCUGGGGUUUAUAUAUUGACGGUGAUUGCUUGAUUAUUGACAGGUGUGCAUGGUGAACCGGGAGUGACAGGAAACAGCUGUGACAUGAACAAAAACCGGAAGUCCUUUAACAUAAAACAUGAAAUGAAAACUGGAACCAAAACAUGACAACAUGGAUGACAACUAAGUCUUUUCAAACUAAAACAAAACCAAAACCUCACAGUACCCCUCCCCCUAGGGCGUCUACCAUGGCGCCCACGGAGGCCCCCCCCAACCAGGGCGGGCGGAGGGUGGUCUCAGGAGGAGGGACCGAAUCCCUCCCCGCCAAGGCACACAAGCAGGGUGGCCGGAGGGAGGCCGGAGGAGGGUCAAAACAAGGGUCCAUCAUGAGUCCAAACAUGGAACAUUCUCAGGCAGACUCCACGAGACACCGAGCCUGCAGUGCUGCUCGCGGCCUCCUCUCUGGAGCCGGCAGUGCUGCUCGCGGCCUCCUCUCUGGAGCCGGCAGUGCUGCUUGUGGCCUCCUCACUGGAGCCAACAGGGAUUGGAACGGCGUCUGUACAAAAAAAUGUAGUUUAACUUGUUUUUUGACCAGUAGGUGGCGCUCUAGAGCUGUCUUCCUUGUGUCAGCGGAGACUUGUUUUGGAAGACGCAUUUGCAUUGCACAGACAAUAUGAGUAUUUAGCAGUGUGCGUCUAAUAAAGUAAGUAAUGUAGUUUAUAAUGGAUAGUUAUUGUGUUGGUGUUUGUGUACAGAGACGCCAGUUUUCAGUUAUCUAUAGCAGGUAUUCGUAUAUUAUUUUGUGACGUUUAGAACACUGACCGUUAGCCAUGUAGCCUAGCUUUUGGAGCUGCGACCGCUAAGCCUGUUGCUUGUUCUCAAUGUGUCCGUGUAAUAGAGCUUCUAUAAGUCAUGUUGUAUAUCUUUCAUAUAUGUUAUUAACAGGCUUCAGUCAUGUCUUGUACUUUAACUGUUUAUUGAUAAUUUCUUAAUACUUAGUAUUUGUUUCUGCUGUAGGAAAACCACACACACCCAUAUACUCAAAGUCUGUGUUGCUGAUCCUCAUGCAGAUAAAGUUUUUCCCAAUCUGGA